CCCGCUCUUGUUCAUCUCCUGAGGUAAACAGGAGGAGACUUGCGAAGCUGAGAGUUCGCUCAAGAGACUCAACUUCUGGUUAAAUACAGAUUGUUUGCACAGUCAGCUGACAAAUUCAUCCUUUUACAAUGGAAAUAGAACAGAUGCCAGAGUCCUUCUUGGAAAGUUCUGAGGAGGAGUCCUGUGAAGACCUGUCUGGGUCAGGGAGUGACUUUGAAGUAUCAAUCAAUCACAAGAAGAGGAUGAAACUGACAGCACCGGACAAUGAAACACUGGCACGCAAGAGGCCCAGACGAAACAUGUCAGAGCAGUCGAGCAGUCAGGGCUCCAGCAUAACGCCCCCGGCGAGCACUCCCUCCCCUGUGCAGAAGGGGCCCAGCAGACGGCCCAAACGGCAGCAGCAGAAGAGGGGGGAGCAGCGAGAGGGGAGAGGAGCCCAGCACACCGCUGAUGGGAGCCUGUAUGAAGCAGUCAAGUCUGGCCGCAGCGCACUGGGGACGGUGGUCUCUGAGUGGCUGGAGAGCUACAAGAAGGAGCAGGAGGCGGGGCUUCUGGAGCUCAUCAACUUCCUGGUGCAAUGCUCCGGGUGCAAAGGCAGAGUGAGCAAGGAGAUGCUGUUGGACAUGGAGAAGAGUGAUAUUAUCUGCCAGCUGACCCAGGAGUUCAAUGAGGAGUCUUCGGGGUAUCCUCUGUCCUUGGUGGGUCCCGAGUGGCGGCGCUUCCGCGAGAGCCUGUGUGAGUUUGUGUGUCAGCUGGUGCGCUGCUGCCAGCACAGCCUGCUGUACGACAGCUACCUCUUCAGCCACGUGGUGCAGCUGCUCAUCGUGCUGGCCGACUCCCAGGUGCGCGCCUUCAGGCACACCAGCACCUUCAUCGCCGUGAAGCUGAUGAGUGCGGUGAUUGAGGUGGCGGUGACGUUGUCGUCUCAGAUCGAGGUAACCAAGCGCCGACUCGGCCUGGAGAAGAACAAGGAUGCCAAAAACAGAGCCAGCCAGAAAGUAGAAGAGCUGGAGCUCUCUUACAAUGAGCUGUUGGAGCAGCAGAGUGAGGUGGGCUCCAUGGUGAAUGCCAUCAUGAAGGGCGUGUUUGUCCACCGCUACCGGGACCUGGUGCCUGAGAUACGGGCCGUGUGCAUCGAGGAGCUGGGCCGAUGGCUGGUGUCCAACCCCGCCACCUACUUCAACGACAGCUACCUCAAAUACCUGGGCUGGAUGCUGUAUGAUAAGCAACCCCUGGUGCGUCUGCGCUCUGUGAAGGCCCUGCAGGAGCUGUAUAAGGAGGAGGCUUUCAUCAGCCGCCUGGAGCUCUUCAGCGGCAGGUUCAAGGAAAGGAUGCUGAAUAUGGCGUUGGACAAAGACCCAGAGGUUGCAGUGGAGGCGGUCAAGUUACUGGUUCUCAUUAAUCAGAACACUGAAAGCGUUCUGGCAGAUGAGGAGCAGGCCAAGGUCUACUCCAUGGUGUUUGCCGCUCACAGGGGCCGCGCCUCUGCAGCCGGCAGCUUCCUCUACCAAAUAUUGUGCAAAGAGGUGGAUGGGCUCGUGGAGGAACGCAACGGAGCGUUUUUCAGCUUCCUGAUAAACUUCCUGAUAAACAGCCAGUAUAAUGGUCGAGGGGAAUACUUGGUGGACAGCCUGUGGGAUGUGGCGGGGGUGGAGCUGAGAGACUGGGAGACCAUGACAUCUCUGCUGCUGAGGGACACGGAGGAUGAGGAAGGUGAGCGGGAUAAAUACGAGACUGCUCUGAUAGACCUUAUGAUGGCGGCUGUCAGGCAGGCAGCAGAGGCUACCCCGCCGGAGAGAAGGACACAGGGGAAAAAGAACCUCAGCAUGAAAGAAAAGAAGAUCCAAACCCAGGACAGAAGACGAAUCACCGCCCAUUUCAUUCCUCUUCUUCCACAGCUCCUGGCAAAGUACUCAGCAGAUGUGGAGAAAGUGAAGUAUCUGCUGAGAGCUCCGCUGUCCUUUGACCUUGACGCCUACAGCAGUAAUACGACGAAGAGUCUGGACCGGCUGCUGAGUCUGGUGUGUGAGAUAGUGGAGAAGCACACGGAUGAGAGUGUGCUGACGGAGUGUGCCCGUCUGUCCAUCGCCCUGUGCAGCGAGCGCUACGCCUUCUCCAGCCGCGCUCACAGGGCCUUCAGCCAGAUGCUGGACACGCAGGUGGAGCGUUUCAGCGCCGUGCACGAAGCCCUGCUGCAGGGUACUGCUGAUGAAGAUGAUCUAUACACGGCUACUGCUUCCCUCAAGAGGAUCUCUGUCUUUGUCAGUAGCAUGGAUGUCAGCUCUUGGAAGUUGUUGGAUCAGUGUUUCGCCCUACUGAAGUCAACUGAGAGUUUUGACAGCGAGCUCAUGGUUCACGCUUUGGCUUGCUCAGCCUUUCACCUCCUGUGGGAAGGGAAGAAGAUGAUGGAGUAUGACUUAACCACCACAAGCAACAAGGCGGGAGUGAGGAGACUGAAGAGCGAGUUGAAAACCUUCUUCGAUGUGUGCCGGAACUGCCUGUCUUAUGAACAUGCCGAAGUCAGGGAUCAGGCCUUCCUGGUGCUGUGUGAUGUGCUGCUGGUCUUCUGUGGGGAUGUGAUGAGGCAGAGGCCUGAGCUGAAGCCGCUGGCCAUGAAUCCUGGAGACGCGCUGCACACUGAGCUGGCCUCCUUCUUGAUGGACUACGUCUUCAAUGGCUAUGAUAACAAUGCAGGAGAGGAUGAGGAUGAGGAUGAGGAGAAGGACGAGGAGAAAUACAAGGAGGAGCAGAUGAGGAAGAUGAAGGCGCUGCAGCUGAGGCGUAAGCAGCUGUCUGGCUACUGCAAUCUCAUCCUGUGCGGCGUGCUGGACUUCCAAGCCGCCUCCGACAUCUUCAAGCACUACAGCAAGUUCAACAAAGACUACGGCGACAUCAUCAAGUGGAUGCUGAGUAGGACCAAGUUCAUCUGUCCAGUGGAAAGUGCGAAGACUGUGUGUCUCAGCCUUCAGCAGACCUUUUCUUCAAUGAUAGAGGAGCAGCAUACCCGUCAGGACUUCACAGAGCUGAGAGAGCUGGCCAGACUCUUCGCCAUGAGCUUCGGCAUCAACCCCAUGCUCAUCCGCAAGCCUCUUCUCUCCUUCCACCAGCAAGGUAUUCACUUCGCUCUGCAAGGCCCCCAGCAAGAGGACGCUCCACCGCCCAACCUGGCCUUCCUGCAAGUUCUCAGCGAGUUCAGCUUCAAACUCAUCCAACAGGACCGUAUGCAGCUGUUGGAGUAUGUGAAGGACAAGGCAGGCCCCUUGAAGAGCCAGUGGCUCCUGAUGUACCAGCGCUCGCUGCAGUCUGGCCUCUCCAGUGUGGCGCAGUCCCCCAGAGCCAAACGCCGCCGCUCCACCUCCGCAACACCAGCAGGUUCAGUGAGGGAGGGCUCGUGGCUGGGCGACAGCAGCAUCAGCCAGAUGCCGACUCCGGCGCUGACGUCCACAGUGAUGAGGAGGGGGGAGGCCCAGCUGCAGCAUCAGGACGGGGACCGAAACCAGGACCGGAACCAGGCGGAGGGAUCCUUCACCUCCCCAGCGCCCGGCAGCCAGGGAGCAGCAGACUCUGAGGACGACUUUGAGGAGAGUUUUCUGCAACGCAAGACUCAGUCCAGCAGGAGACGCCUGGCUCCCAGCGUUUCGUCUGAGUCUGCCGACGUCACCUCUCAGCUGGAUCUGCUGAGUAUGAUUGAGGAGGAUCGGGAGGACAAUGACAUCCAGGAGGAGGAGGAGGAGGAGGAGGAAGAGGAGCCGGAGAUCGAAGAGUAUGAGGAAUACUCUGAUGAUGACUCUGUUGCACUGCCAACAAAUCGCUUCUCAUCCAAUCCCACUUCCUUGGAGACUCUCUUUGACUGAUGCUCGAGGAGGGACAGGACCAAGAUGGAGUUCAUUGGAGCUUUUUUGUUGUUGUUUGAAAGAGUUAACUUAUGUGCAAUUCUGAAGGCAACGUCUGUUUCUUCUCUUUGCCUCUGAUAUGUGUUUGUGUUAAAUAAAUAUUCAGUUUUGGAAGCAAAA